GUCUUCUUCUUCCUAAACCAAACCAGAACCAGAGAGAGUUAGAGCCGAUAGAGCCAUAGAUAGAGUCCAAUGAAGCUGAGACUGCGAUCCAUCGAGUCUAAAGAGACUCUCCGAAUCGAGGUUCCCAAUCUCUGUUCUCUCCACCACCUCAAACAAUCCCUCUCCGAAUCCAUCUCCGCCGCCUCUCCCUCUUCUCUCCGCCUCUCCCUCAACCGCCGCGACGAGCUCCUCUCCUCCUCUCCCGACGACUCCCUCGCCUCUCUCGGUAUCACCUCCGGUGACCUCAUCUUCUACACCCUCGACCCCUCCUCCCAAACCCUUCAAUCCCCAAUUCCUCACACUCCAGUCUCCCCAAAUCCCCAAACUCUAACCCUAGUUGGCCAAGGGGCUUCCACGAGCGAUGCAAUGGCCGAAGGUCCGAGGUCGGGUUCGGAAACCCUAAUUGGCGAAGGGUGUUCUCGUGUGGAAGCUUCGAUCGCCGAAGAGCCGGGGUCUGUGGGUUCGAAUUCUGAAACCCUAAUUGGCGAAGGGUCUUGUGGUAUGGAAAUUGAUGAUGAAGAUGAGUCGACUGGAGUGGUGAGGAAGAAGUACUCUGUUCCGUUUUUCUUGAGGAGGGUGAUGAGGGAGGAGUUAGCCGAAGAUCGUAGCGAUCACAAGCUACUGGUGAUUGCAUUACAUGCGGUGCUCGCAGAGUCUCGAUUCGUCAGGUUUGAUUCUGUUUCGGGUGAGCAGACCGAUCGGUUUCCUCUUCCGAAAGAAUGGCCGGCAGUGGCUUACACGCUGUCCCUCUUGUAUACAUUGCCUGAGGUUCUGCAGAAUCGGGGCAAUGGCAGGGGUGGGGUUGAAGCCGUAGUGCUUAAGAUUCAGACUUUGGGGCAUUUUGUCAAUGUCUAUGGGUCGUUGGCUGGUGGCGGCGGUUCCGGGCAUUAUAGGGUGUCUUUGGAUGUGAAGAGGUUUGCGCCAAUGCUGGAUUUUGUCUGGGGAAGCAGGAAUGUGAGUGAUAGUGAAGUUUUUGUCCCGGAAAUUGAAAUCUUUGAGUUUUGGAGGAUUGUCAAGGAUGGAAUUACAUACCCAUUGCUGAUUGAUCUUUGUGCAAAGGCUGGUUUGCCUGAGCCGCCCAGCUUCAUGUGCCUUCCUUUGGAUCUCAAGAUGAAUAUUUUGGAGAGGCUGUCUGGUGUUGACAUUGCGAAAGUGGGAUGUGCUUGUAAGGAGCUACAAAAUCUAGCCAAUAAUGAUGAGCUCUGGAAGCAGAAGUUUCAGGAGGAGUUCAGGGAGGACGCAGGAGGAAUAGGUAACUGGAAGUUUCAAUAUGCUGGGAAGUGGGAGGAUAGGGAGCGAGAGAAGAAGGCACUGGUCACGUGGAGACCAAGGCUUCAUCACAAUUUCCCUAUUAGAAGGAACCCAGAGAUCCCAUUUGUACCUGGUUUUCCUGGAAUUAUUAGGGAUCCUCCAGAUUUUGGUGUCCCUGACCCUUUUAGACGACCACGGUUACCAUACCCUCUUGGUGGUGGUCAGCCUGCAAUCUUUUGGCAUGGGAGGAGGCAGAAUUUCUCUCCCAAUUGCAAUCUGGGAGGAGGAUUUAGUGAAUAGUCCAGGACCUUCUCCACUGCUGAGUGCUGCAACUGAAGCUGCAGGUUCAUCCGUUCAUGUUUCGUUUAUAGAAAUAUAUAUAAUAAUACUUGGAUCUCCUAGUACAGUUAAAAGACUGAAGAAUAAUCAGUUUUAGUUCUGUUGUUUUGUUUAUAAGGAUAUUGUUCAUGUGUUGAUGAGCUUUUGGUUUUUGGAUAUGAUAUGAUUCUGAGUUUUGUAAUUACAUUGCUAGUACCACUUCAUGUAUUAUAGAAGUUAUCUUGCCUAAAUUUCUCACUG